AUGUCGACGGACAGACGCGAAACAAUCGGAUUCCUUGCAAAUAAUAAAGAAUUUCAAGUUUACGGAUUCAGUUUCGAUCAAAUAUCUUGGCUUUCGAGAGCGUUGAUACUAUUGACGGCGGGUACGAAUUUGGUUGUUAGCGGAUUGAUGAUAAUAUUAUUUUUACCAUACGAAGAAAGGGAUGCGGCUGAAAAAAUGUCAAAUCCCUAUGAUAAUGAUAAUGGUACCAUGUAUAACAAUGAUAGUUCAGACUUUGACGACACCAUUUUCAAUGAUUUCGAACAGAUGAACGAAUCCACAUUAUCAAUGUCUUGGAUAUACGUUUUGCUUUACAUAAACGUUUUCCAGGGUCUCUACUGUUUGAUUGUUGGAAUUUGUUUAUUUUUCGUUCUCGAUAGUUAUAAUGCGUGA